CAAAAAGCAACAGCACAUAGACAGAGAUUCAGUCGACUCAAACUAGCUUCGCCAGGAUGCAGAGCAUAAUGGCCACGGACAUUAAAAUGCUUUUCUGUGUUGGACUUUUUUUCGUCUUAACAGGUGUAGGGAAGUCUGCCCUUAUUGGGAAGAGCCACAGCGGAGGAAAGGACGAUCUCGUGCUGCAGUAUGUGGUUAACAACUCACUGAGGGAGCAUCCGGUUCUCACCAAACUCAGACUGAGAACCCUUGAAGACCAAUGGAGUCGCAUGAUGGUUGCCAGCGAACAGGCCCAGUUAAUGGCAAAUCUCAUCAGACUGAUUAACGGCACCAAAGCUAUUGAAAUUGGGAUGUAUACAGAGUACAAUGCACUGAGUAUGGCUUUGGCAAUGCCAGAAAAUGGACGCGUGGUCGCUUGUGAAAUAGAGGACACCUACGUGGAAAUUGCCAAACCAUUUUUUAAAGAGGCUGGAGUUGAAAAUAAGAUAGAUGUACGGCUUCAAACAGCCAUGAAAACGCUGGAUGACCUGAUAACAGCCGGAGAGGCUGGAACAUAUGACUUUGUGUUCAUUGACGCUGAUAAGUCCAACUAUGACGGAUACUACGAGAAGUCACUGGAGCUCAUAAGGAAAGGGGGCAUUAUUGCGAUUGACAAUGUGCUGUGGAGCGGGAAAGUCGUGAAUCCUGCUCCCACUGACCUCACGUCCCAGGCUCUGGAUGCUCUCAAUAAGAAGCUGCACAAGGACCAGAGGAUUGAGCUGAGCAUGCUCACCGUGGGGGAUGGGUUGACCAUCGCUAUUAAACGCUAAAAUCACUGGUUACGAAAUCUGACAUGUUUUUUAACAGAGCAUUUGUUCAGAUAUUGAAAUGAAUGAACAGAAAUAGUAUUUUGUUGGCCUAUUCCAGAUCAGAUUAGACAUUACAACUUCCUUUCAGUGUAUACUCAUAUGAUCUUUCUAUAAGGACAACAAUCAUCAGAGUGCUCAACAAAACAAAUCCAUGGUUUUAAGGAUCAGAAUCAGUUAAUAGCACAUCUCCUUUUUUGUUGACAGGCUGACACGAUCAGUAGAUAAAUAAAACUGGGACAAUCAUGUAAGAAACAGAAUGAUGUGAGCAGUCAAAUAAAAUAAAGUGUUUUUAAAUUGUU